GUCUUUCUUAAGGGUUUUUGGUUUUUAGGCGUUUCGGAGAGAGAGAGAGAGAAAAGAGAUUGAGAGAUUGCUUGUGGUGAGAAGAGAUUUAAUCGUGUGGGUAGCGUUUCAGACAAGUAAAAAAAAAAUUAAAAAAAAAGUUUCCGUCGCUUUCUCGGGAAAACGCAUGUGUUAAGAAGACAAAGGGGUUUUUGGUGUGAAUCCUUCUUUCCUUCCUUUUGCGUUUUUCUCUCUUUUUCUUUCCGAUCUCGCAAUUGCCGGUUUAUUCGCCGGAAUAUUCCCCGUAAUUUUCUUUCUUCUGAAAACUGAAAGAUUAGGGUUUAUACAGGUCUUGAAUUACUCUUGAAGGAUAUUCGUUGGUUGGUGUGAUAAGGAAACACCAGCGUCUUUCUUGUGACGAUCACAUACUCUGUGUUAUGCAUACUGAGAAAUGGUGUCGCAUAAGUGUGUAGAAGAGUUCUCUUUACAGUUCCCUGCCAAUGCUAGAGCCCCCAGAUCUGCUAGGAAGAGGCGUAGCAUCAAGAAGGAGAUAAGUGAAAAUGAUAAAACGUGUGCAAUUGAUCUAUUGGCCACCGUAGCUGAAAAUUUACUCUCUGAGAGCGGAUGUGAGAACAUGGCUAUUGACAAACCGGUUAAUGGGGUUGAAGAAGACCAUUGUCUCGUUACACAAAAGCACAGUGUAAAGGAGGAGUUCCCGGUGGAAGAUAAACCCUUAAAGCCUGCAACUUUAACCAAUGUUAAUCCUUAUCAGGGAUCACUGAGCCCUUGCGGAUUCAGUUCUGUGAUUAAUGGCAAAGUCGAGACUGAGGAUGGGGGUUUUAGCAACUCUGCUGGUAUUGCUUCUUGUCAAGCCGGUCAGGAGUUAAAACCGAGUAUAGAUGGUGAUGCUGUAGUUUUGGAUGCGAGGCCUAAUGGUGUAGCUAGUUUAGGUAGUAGUAGUAGAACCAAAGUGCCUUCACUGGGUGCUGAUGCUCUCUGUGGCGGCGCUUUGGAUGAUGUAAAUAUGUUUAGUAGAGAUGAUGAUGAAAACUUUUCUGGGUAUAUAUGCCCUCGUGUUACCAAAAAGUCACCUAGGUCUGUGCCGCGUAUUGGAGACAGAAGAAUCAGGAAGAUAUUGGCUUCUAGACACUGGAAGGGAAGCUCAAGACACUCAGAUGCCAAAUCAUGGAGGAACUAUUACUUGCACCAUCAGAGAAGCUAUCCUAUCAAGAAAAGGAAAUACUUUGACAACAUUUCUGAUUCUGAUGAUUAUCGUCUGCACUCUAAGAUGCAAAGAGGCAGCAGAACUUUUUCUACUAUGAAAGGUCCAGGUGCAUCCUUUGUGUCACGCGACUCUCAUGUGAAACUGCGGAUCAAGUCAUUCAGGGUGCCUGAGCUUUUCGUAGAGAUUCCAGAAACCGCUACUGUUGGCUCCUUGAAGAGAAUGGUGAUGGAAGCAGUGAGUACUUUACUGAGUGAUGGACACCGAGUUGGUCUGAUGGUUCAGGGGAAGAAAGUCAGAGAUGAUAACAAAACACUUCAUCAGACUGGGAUCUCUCAAGACAACACCCACUUGGACUCUCUUGAUUUCAGCCUUGAACCUAGCUCAGAAGCGCCUCAUCUGUUAUCUAGUAACCCUUUGGGACAUGUCUGCGAGGAAUUGGCCAUUUGCCAUGGUUCUAACAUGGACGCUGUGGUAAAAUCUGAGCAUGAUUCAGCACUAUUCCCAUCUGACUCGUUUGACAAGGAAACCGCGACAGAUGAGUUUAAAGCUCUGGUUCCUGCUGCGCUUUCCGAACUGUCUCCUCAACUGCCUCGUCACAAAUCUAAGCAGCAGCAGCAGCAGACUGCACAGCGAAGAAUGCGUCGACCUUUCUCUGUUACUGAAGUAGAAGCACUUGUUCAAGCCGUUGAGAAACUCGGCACUGGAAGGUGGAGAGAUGUUAAGCAUAGUGCUUUCGAAGAUGCAGACCACCGCACUUACGUUGAUCUCAAGGACAAGUGGAAAACACUGGUCCAUACGGCUAAGAUAUCACCACAGCAAAGGAGAGGCGAGCCAGUGCCGCAGGAACUUCUAAACAGGGUCUUGAAUGCGCACGGCUACUGGUCACAGCAACACGUGCAGCUGCACGAGACACUUUCCCUGCCGCCUAAACCAGAGGCUGUGUUGCUUCUCUAAUCAAUUAUGCUUUGCAGAUCAUCUAUCUUUCCCCUUUGUGUAUUUGCUGUAAGAUUCUGACGACAUAGAUGCACAAAUUUAGUCUUUGACUUGUUUCUUGGUUUUUUAUUCUGAAUUAACUUUCUGAAUGUAAAAAGUUUUUAAUUGGAAUAAGGUGGAUGUUCCUGACCAAUUUAGGGCUUUUUAGAGGAUUCUUCUUGUACAUGGUUUGUUACCAACUCCAUCCAUGAGUACCCCUAAUGGGUACUUAAGGAUUAAUUUAAUGUUUUAUUGUGUGAUUUGAAAGGUUAAGUACUCCUAUGAGU